ACUACAUGUGUGACAAGACUAAGCUAAUGCAGGCAAUGUGUAGCCAACAAGUAUGCAAUAUCUUUUACGAUUUAAAUUAUGUUAAGAUCUUGAAUCAAAAACUUAUGUGGAUUUAAAACAAUAUUAUUUGAAGUUUUUAAUUUUGUAUAUUUGUGGACUGAAUAUGGGAUACACAAGGCUGGAGCUACUGGGACUCGUCAUUUUAUUACAUCUGGUGUUAUCAUUUGCCUUGAGAAGAGAAGAAGCAAUUGCAUACUUGCAAAAGUAUGGCUAUCUGCAUAUCCCAUUGAGUGCUAAACCUCUUAACUACAGACCUGAGGAGUUAUCAAACGCACUAAGGACAUUUCAGAAGACCACAAACCUCUCAGUCUCAGGUAUUUUUGACGUAGCCACUUUGAGAAUGAUGGACAAGCCUCGCUGUGGUUUGGAGGACUCUGGCAGUGACGAGACGCUCAGAUAUCGUGUCAUGGGUCAAUGGAAGAAGAAGUUUCUGACAUAUCGCAUCUAUAACUUCGCCUCAGACCUGGGCCAGGGGAAGACACGCUCGGCCAUCCAAGCCGCCUUCAGAUACUGGAGCGAAGUGUCCCCUUUAAGGUUCAGAGAGCUGUACUCAGGAAAAGCAGACAUCAAAAUCUCUUUUCACAGGAAAGAGAAAUCCUGCCCGGUCCCCUUUGAUGGCAGAGGUCAUGUUUUAGCCCACGCUGACGCCCCUGAGUCUGGUCUCAUUCACUUUGAUGCAGACGAGCUGUGGACAGAGGGACGGAGCUCAGGGUCAAACCUGAGGAUUGUAGCUGCGCAUGAGAUAGGCCAUGCCCUUGGCCUGGGACACUCACAGUACUAUAGCGCCCUCAUGGGGCCAGUGUACAGCGGCUACCGGUCCAACUUUAAGCUCCAUCCAGACGAUAUCCAGGGAAUUCAAGCUUUAUAUGGAAAGCCUCAGUCUUCAAACCCUGUUGCUCCUCCAGGAGGAAGUGCUCCUGACCUCUGCAAAGUCAAACUGGAUGCUGUCAUGUUAGGUCCAAAGGAGCAGACGUACCACUUCAGUGGUCAGUUUGUGUGGACCAGGUCUGGUUCCGCUCCGGUCCUGGUCUCUGCUCUGUGGAGAGGGCUGCCUGGGGAUCUCAAUGCUGCUGUGUACUCCCCGCGCAGCGACAAGACCUACUUCAUCAAAGGAGACAAGAUCUGGAGAUACUCUGGUUUCAAAAUUGACCAUGGCUUCCCCAGACGCCUGAGCAACAUCCCUGCCAAUGUUGAUUCUGCUUUUUAUUCAAACAAAAACAAGAAGUUGGUCUUUUUAAAGGGCUCUGGAUAUUGGCAAUGGGAUGAGUUCAAGCCAGGAAAUUUCAAGAUUUAUCCUCUGCUGAUCAGCCAGCUGUUUAAAGGGGCUCCCAGUAACACAGAUGCUGCGAUGACAUGGACGGAUGGAAGUAUUUACCUGUUCAAAGGAUCACAGUUUUGGAAAGUUGACCCAAACAAGGAGAAAGUGAAAGGCUCUCCAGAAAGUAUUGCUUCAGGCUGGCUGCAAUGUGACGACUGAGCCACCAGGGGGAGAUAGGUGUCUGCCAUGGACAU